UGUAUCACUCAGACACGCACACGUAUAUACACAAACUCUCUCUCUCUCUCUCUCUGAUUACUUUUCCUAAACACCUUCUUUGAGAGCCUCUCUAAUUGGGUUUUGCUUCUGAAGAAACCAUUAAUCUUGGAAUUUGAGGUUGCAGGAAGAUUCCAGGCAAAGCAAGCAGGGCUACGUCGAGUCAGAGGACCCCCUCCUCUCUAUUUCUCUCUGUGUCUUACACAUAAAACAACGUUCAUUUUGUGGUUGAUUUUUAGGGUUUCAGAAAGAGUCCCACAGAAGGGCAAGGGCAAUUAUUGAGAACUGGACGAGGGUGCAGGCCGUGGGAGAGGACUAACAUGACCUUGUCGGUUGUUCUGCAAGACUCCUCUCUGAGUGUAGUCAUAACUCAGUUUGAGUGCAAAGCUCACGCUCACGCUCACGCUCACGCUCAGGCCAAGUUUUCUUAUAUUUGCUUCUAAGCUGAGGCAAUCACAGCUCCCUCUCUUUUAAUGCUACAGUCUGAUUUUCAGGAUGGGAUGAAUUAGGGUUGAGAGGAAUACAGCAACUUCCAUAACAAACAGAAAUCAGAAAGGAAACGAGGAUGUUUUGAGAGUCAUCAUUUUUAUUAUUUUCAAAACACAAAGGGAGACUGAGAUCAAGGAUUCACAUCAGAAAUCAGAUUUAAAAUGGAACUGAGAGGCCAAGAUAAAGAAAUAGGGAUGCCGAGCACCUUGAGCUAUAAUCCAUCCCACAGAGAGUCAACCAACAAGCUGUCUUCUCCAAUUGUAGCUUCAGCUGUGGGAGAAAGACGAAGGGAUCAAACUGUUCAUGGUAACACGAUCGUUAACCCAGUUCAAGCCCUAGAUCAUCGUCCUGUUUAUCAUCAUCAUCAUCCUCCUCCUCCUCCUCCUCAACAGUCAGAUCCACAUCCACAGCAAGAUGCACACAAAACCAGAAGAGAUCCAGACCCAAAUCCAGAUCCAGUCCCAGCUCUUGCAGCCACAGGUGCAAUAAGCACACCAACCAGUACUGGCGCAUCAACAUUAAAAUCACCACUCCCACGAAGCACCUCUACCAUUAGGGCUGCACCAAAGGUGAGAUAUAGAGAAUGUUUGAAGAACCACGUGGCCAGCACGGGCGGGCACGUUGUGGAUGGCUGCGGAGAAUUCAUGUCAAGCGGGAAGGAAGGCACCCCGGAGGCCUUAAAGUGUGCAGCUUGUGAAUGCCACCGGAAUUUCCAUCGGAAAGAAGUCGAGGGUGAUUCUAAAUAUGUUUCCAAUUGUUACUACCCGAACCCCAGCAUAAACAAUGGCCAAAGAGAAAUGGUACCUACUCAACAUCAUCCUCCAUUCCCUCCUCCCUCGGCUCAUGUAUUUCACCAUCACCAGAAAUUCCCGCAUGUUCUAUCCACAGCUCCAUUGACCGGAGCCACCGCGCCGAUGAUGAUGGCCUUUGGAGGCGGCGGUGGAGCGCCAGCCGAGUCUUCGAGCGAAGAUCUCAAUAUGUUUCGGUCUAAUGUUGGUAUGCAAACUUCCGUACAAGCGCCGCAAUCCAAAAGGAGGUUUCGGACAAAAUUUACUCAGGAACAGAAAGAUAAGAUGAUGGAAUUUGCUGAGAAGUUGGGGUGGAAGAUCCAGAAACAUGACGACCAAGAAGUCCAGCAGUUCUGUUCGGAAGUGGGUGUAAAGAGGCAAGUUUUCAAGGUAUGGAUGCACAACAAUAAACAAUCCAUGAAGAAGAAGCAAAUGUAAGGCAAAUCAAACUCUUCAAACCCUUGAGAUUACUUUUACUGAUCAGCAAAUGCAUAUAUUUGGUGAAUGAUUAGAUUAGAUAUGCACAGAGGUACUACAGAAUGGAGGAGUUAGAUUACCCACCCACUACUGUACGUAUUAUUAGCAAUAAUUUUUUUUUUUUUUUGGUGCAAUUCGCAGUGAUGCUAUAAAUUAACCUCAAUCAAUCUGUAAAUCUUCUUCUAAUUUGGCGACUCUUGGUAAUCAUAAUUAAUAUUCUCUCAAUAAUUGGUACGCCCAUGUUUAUUAUCUUUGUACU